AGGAAGCAAACCAACAGAGGACGCUCUGCCGGAUUCCUCAAAUAUUUUGUUCCUAAAAGGUCUCGUUAACUUGUCUUGUUUAACAAGGACAAGAGUUUCAACAGAAGACAAAACAUCAGAAAUGAGAUGACACAAGGCUGAAUUUACACGGUUUCUUUGGGAAUUUAGUGUGAGAGCAAAAAAAGAAUGUGCACUGAUGAGCUGUGCCCUUUGCAGGACAUCAUUUGUCACCAACCACUGUAUCCAGCCAUUCUGAGGAUUUUGGCUUCAGGUGUUAUAUUUUUUAUUACAUUAAGAAGUCAGUCGAAACUUUCAGUCUAUCUAAAUGGAAAAUGACUUCAGGUUUGGCAGAGGGCCUGCUACAGAUUCUGAAGAAACGGUGCACAUUCUGUUUUGAUAAUGUAGAUCAGCUCAGUGGAUUAAAUUCCACGUAGCUUAAGAUCCGGUCUUUCGUGAUUCUGGAGUUGCGUGUUUAAGGAAACUUUUUUUUUUAAGAGUCAAAAGGGAAACAACAUAAGUUUGUUCCUGAUGUUUGAGCUGCAUGGUUUCAUUUCUGCACAUAUUUACACAAAAGUGCCUUCAGUGUAUUUUACAACACUAAAGCCGGCAAAAAAAAGAGAAGCCAGGGAGCAGGUUGUUAGUUUAAUUGCAGAAUGUUGUUGUCUCACUGUUCAGAAAUGGUAUGUGAAACGUGCUCCGUGCAAUGUUACAUUUCAAGAAACCCAAAGCUAUAAAAGAAUGCACCACGUCUGUCAACUUUCAGAUUUAUUUGGAAGUCAACCCCCUCCCACCCACUCGAUCAGCCUGCAUUACAGCAUCCAGGUGCAGCGCUCGAGACUAGUGGGUGGACUCUGAAGGCAGAUGGGGGGGGGCUCAGGUUGAUAUACUACUACACCUCACCUGCAUGGGACAGAUAUCCAGAAGAAGCUUGACACCACUCCGCUCUGACAGCUGACCUCAACAGGUUGAUCAGGUUCAACAUCUGAAGAAACGCCAGCAUCAUGUCGGAUGAGGUGAACAAAAACGCAGUGUUUCGAACCACCAGGGUGCGGACUCAACUGAAAAAAGAUGGCUGUUGGAUCCAGAAGUCAAACACGGAGAAAGCAGGAGCAAGGAAAGGCCAUGAUGUGGAGACCUCCUCCGUCCCGCAGCAUACAUCCGUCCAGUCCAUAACCAAGAAGUUUGAGCCCCAAGCACCCACAGAAGAAAUGAUCCAAAAGAACAUCCAAUCAGAAGAAACAUUUGCCAACAUGACUGCAAAAAACAAGAAAGAAUAUGCUGCAGUUUACCAGUCAAAGGUUCAACCACUGCUGGCGGCUGCUGACGUCUCUGCAGAAGUUCAUGUUGCCAAACCAAUCCAAAUUCCUUCAACAGAGAGAAAACCAGAAGCAGUUUCUCUCGUGAAACCAGCUGAGCAGGCAGUUGCCAACACAACUACAGAAAACAAGGGAGAAAAAACUAAUAAAAUAGUGAACAAGUCAAACCUAGAACACAGUGAAGCCAAGGUCUCAGCUGAUGCUCAUGUGGACGAUCCUAAGGCAGAAACUUGUGUUGCUUCUGCAGUCAAACCUAAACCCAAAGAGGAACCUGCAACCAAACCAGAGCAGGACACUGCAACACAAUUGGAACAUGCAGGAGUACAAUCAACUGUGCAGCUUGCAGAGGGAAAUAUUGAGAAAGGUCCUCUAGAACAGGCUGCAGCAGAAAUUGUUAAAGCUAAAGCUGAGGUUGCUGUGGCGCCAUCACCUGAGAUAAGUGACGUUGUUGCAACACUGGUAAAAGAGGUUGUCCUUCAAGACAGCGCCAAAGCUGUCGCUGAGAUUGCGACAAAGUCUCCAUCGAACACAAAGGACCUGUUGGAGGCCACACCUGGAAACAAAGCCGUGCUAGAGGUUCGUGUGGAACCAGUGGCUGACUUAUUGGCAGAACCUGAAUCUGAGGGGCCCUCUCAACAAGCUACUGAAACUGCUCCAAAGGGGAAUUGUGAGAAAGGUCCUCCAGAACAGGCUGCAGCAGAAAUUGUUAAAGCUAAAGCUGAGGUUGCUGUGGCGCCAUCCCCUGAGAUAAGUGACGUUGUUAAUGCAAUACUUGUAAAAGAGGUUGUCCUUCAAGACAGCGCCAAAGCUGUCGCUGAGAUUGCGACAAAGUCUCCAUCGAACACGAAGGACCUGUUGGAGGCCACACCUGGAAACAAAGCCGCGCUAGAGGUUUGUGUGGAACCAGUGGCUGACUUAUUGGCAGAACCUGAAUCUGAGGGGCCCUCUCAACAAUCUACUGAAUCUGCACCAAAGGGGAAUUGUGAGAAAGGUCCUCCAGAACAGGCUGCUGGGGAAAGUGUUGAAGCUAAAGCUGAGGUUGCUGUAGAGUCAUCACCUGUGACACCCCCUGUGACUCGAGGUGCAGGUGAAAAGGCUCCACUUCCAGUCAAUCCAGACACUGCAUCUGAAUCACUUGCCACAGCUGCUGCUGAAACUUUAGUGAAGCCUGAAGCAUUUGGAGUCGAGGCAGGUUUGAAGACUGGAGCUGAAGAGGUGGUUGAGCAUGAAGUCCAGCCCGUGGAUAACGCCGUUAUCCAGCAAAGUGCUGAGCCAACAACUGAAAGAGCAGCAGAUCAUGUGAGGGAGCUUAUCAUCAAGGAUGCUUCUGAACCUGUGACAUCUUCAGAUGUUGAAGCUGUUGAGGAUAAGUUCACUUACAGACUCAAUGAACUGUCAAAAGCAUCAGAUGAGGAGCCACCGACAACUGAAAUGGCUCCGGAGCCCCUGAAGGAUCCGAAACGUUCUGAGGAGACCAAGCUGAACCAACACCCUGAUGAUACCAAUAGGAAUAGCAAUGUUUGUUCAUUAUGUGAGAAAAGAAUUGCUGGAAAGAUCAAGAUCUUCUUCAGUGAACCUGCGUGGACCUGCCACCCUGAAUGUCUAAAGUGUUGUGUGUGUACAAAGCCCCUGGGAGAUUUUCUGACUCCCAUGUUCUGGCAUGACCAAGGGGUCCAAUGUGACACCUGCUUUGCACAACCUCUCAACACCAAAACCUAAGCAGGCAGAAUAUGGCCCGGAGAAGACUCCUGCAGUUACUCUGUCCAUUUUUUAGG